AUGGCGUCAACCUCUUCUCGUCGUCGUCAAUGGAAAUACGAUGUGUUUCUAAGUUUGAGGGGGGAUGAUACCCGCUCUGGUUUUACCGAUCUUCUGUAUUCUGCACUAAAUCAGAGAGGAAUUCUCACCUUUAUGGAUGACCGAGAGCUUGAGAAAGGAAAAUCCAUUAGGCCCGAACUAUUAGCUGCAAUUGAGGAGUCUAGAUCUGCGAUUGUCAUUCUCUCAUGGAGAUAUGCUCAGGAUGAAUACACAGGAGCUGCUAUGAUAGAAAGGCGGUUGUGUAGAAUAAAGGUGCUUGUUGUUAUUGAUGAUGUGGAUCAAUUGACACAAUUAGAGAAAUUGGCUGGAAGUCACAACUGGAUCGGUCCAGAGAGUAGAAUUAUCAUAACCACCACAGAUGUUCAGUUGUUAAAGGCACAUGAUGUUGAUGCUACAUACAAGGCUGACGGGUUAAACUGUGAUGAAGCACUUCAACUUUUGAGUUUGAAGGCUUUUAAGAAAUUUCCCCCACCAGAAGAUUAUUUGCAUCUGUGCUACCAUAUUUUACGGUAUGCUCAGGGGCUUCCAUUGGCUCUCGUGGCAAGUGCAAUAGAUAGGCUAAAGAACACACCACAUAAACGCAUUAUUGAGGUGCUUCGGAUUAGUUCUGAUGGACUGGAUGAAAAGGACAGAGAAAUAUUCCUACAUAUUGCUUGCUUUUACAAGGGGAAGGAUAAGGAUCGUGUGACACAAAUACUAGACUAUUGCCAGCUAAACCCUGUCAUUGGUUUAAGUGUUCUUGCGGAUAGAUCUCUCAUAACUAUCUCCAACAACAAACUGUGGAUGCAUGAUUUGCUACAAGAAAUGGGCUGGGAAAUUGUUCGGGAACAGACUCCUAAAGAGCCAGGCAAACGUAGUAGAUUAUGGUCUCAUGAAGACAUCAACAAUGUGCUGAAGGGAAAUAAGGGAACAGAUUCUAUCCAAGGCAUGGUAAUGGAGUUGACUAAAUUACAAGUGGCUCAUUGGAAUCCAGAAGCCUUUUCAAAUUUGUCUCAACUGAGUCUUCUCCAUAUUCUUAAUGCCGACCUUCCCAAAGGCCUCACUUGUCUUUCUAAUUCCUUGAGACUCCUCGAAUGGACUGGGUAUCCCUUAAGAUCUCUCCCACAAAAUUUUGAAGCAGAUGAACUUGUUGAACUUAACUUGUGCCACAGCAACAUUGAACAGCUUUGGAAGGGAACAAAGAAUUUUGAGAAGUUGAAGUUAUCAAACUCUGCCAUUCUCAAAACAUUGUGGAGACCCCAGACCUUCUGUUUAAAAGUUAAGAAGAUUCCCGAGUUUGUUGGAAAUGUGGAACGUUUGUCGGUGCUUUAUCUUGAUGAGACUGCCAUUGAGGAACUGCCUGUAAAUGUGGGGGAGAUGGACUGUUUUGAGGAAAAUGAUGUGAAUAGUGGUUCUGCAAUAGAAAUGUCAUCCACCCAUGAUCUCAUAAAAUAUGUGAGAGGAUCAGUCUUUCAUGGAUGCAAAGUAGUUUGGGGAUCUGUAAAUAAGUUCUUGCCUUCUGGAUUGCUGCAAAAAGUAAAUACAAAGCCAAUGAGUUUCCGCUUGCCUAUAUCUGGUCUGUGUAAUUUAACAUAUCUGAACCUAAGUAAUUGCAAUCUUGGUGAAGGAGCAUUUGGCAAUGAAUUUGAUUACUUUCCCUCUUUGGUGACCUUGAAUCUAAGUGGAAACAAUUUUGUUCGUCUUCCUUCAGGCAUUGGAUUGCUUUCUAAGCUUGAGAACUUUUACUUGGAGAAUUGCAAGAGACUUCAAGAGUUGUCAGACCUGCCAUCAAAUAGUAUACUGGAUUUAAGGGCAGAUGGAUGCAAUAACAUGGCAUUUGAAAUGCUGAAGACAUUCAUGUAUCAGGCAAUCUCUAAUAAGAGCAAGUGCAGCGGUUUGCUCUUGACUGGUCAUAGUCAAGAAAAAUCCUAUGUGGUGACCUUGAGAGCAAUUUUCAUACUUGCACCGGUGGUUUUUUGCCCGGGCAAAACCAACUCUUUCUUGACUACAGCCAAGAAAUUAGUCAUUCCCAUGACUAUUUUCAUGACCCAGGCAACAAAGAGGCCAGCUCGGGGAGAAGGAAAGCUGCAAGGGAACGUGGGCGACGUCAGCAAAACAGGGGAGAAGGAGACGCGCCAGCUUGGGAAGUGA